GGCAGGAGAGGUUUCGGGUUUGGUUAAUAUGCAAUGCCCGUAAUUAGCAUAAUUUAUAUAUUUAUGAUAAAGAGAAGAAAAAAAAAAAAGCCUCGGGGCCGAAGCGGCGGGAUGCUGGGCCGGGACGUCCGGGAGCUCCGGGAGUGGCGCAGCGCUCGGUCGCCCAUCCCAGACCGGAGCCCCCGGGGGCCGCGCCCGGAUCGUAGGAGGGGAGGGGCGACCACCAGGUGGACCCCGUGGGGAGCCUGAGCCUGGCCCCUCCCCGUUGCUUCCGCAGGAGCCCAGGUGGGGUACGAACCACAGGGGACUCUCCAUACACAGACCCGGUGGCGACGAGGAGUGGGUUCUCGCCCCGCUGGAGAACCCGGGCGCCUGAGUUCUGGGCGAUUAGGGCCAAGCGAGGCGGCCAGGGCGACCUGUCACAAUUCUCCCGUACGAACAUAAGCCUGGCUGGUGGGACUCGGGGUUAGGGACCCUGGUGUUGCUGGAAGCGUGGGGGAGUGGUGGGAGGGUCACCAUCAAGCAGAGCAUGAGCACGUCAUAAAUAUUUAAUAACAAUAUUAUUAUUAAUAAAUAAUCAUAAUAAUGGGCCCUGCGCUUCCUAGGCAUUCUCACCUGGCAAGGCAAACGGAGCCCCAGGGUGCCUUCUAACCUCCACUUUGGCGUGGGAAUCCUCCACUCAGCUGUGAUUUGAAGCCUAAAACCUUCAUAGAGUAGCCUUCAUAGGAUAGCUUCCACUGCUGGGCAGGGAAAAAUAAAAAAAUUCGAGAGGCCUUCCUGGGCAAAAAAAAAAAAAAAAGAAGCUCUUUGCAAAGAUUUUAGCCUCAACUGCUCGUCCUUAUUCCUCGUUCCAAAAGUAGAGGGCUGGUCUUUAAUUGUCAUAUACAUAGUAUUAUACACGUAUCCCUUCUGCCCUUGUCUUGGUAAUGUAAGGCAGACAACGUUGAUCCUCAGAGGCCUUCUGAGGAAUAAUUCCAUAUAUUCUGUUUUGAUCGAAGUCCUGCUGUUCUGGGUCAUGUUUCUGGGACCUGGUACUUCUUUGCCUAUCUGCUGCAGAACUUCAUGCAUUCAGUUCAUUCAUUGGUUAAACAAAAAUGCCCGCCAUGUCAUGCUCUGAACCUUUCAUGGAGUUCUCAUUCCAUGGAGGGGAGGAGCAGGCCAGUAGUAAAUACGAAAACAAACAAGAUAAUAUCAAAUAAUGAUAAUGUGUAUGUGUGUGUAUGAGUGAUGGGCUAUUAUUUCUUCUUUUCCCUGAGGUACCUGGCAAUUAAGAAAAAAUAAACCAGAGUGAAUUUGCUCUUCUAAGGCUCUCUGUGUUAUAAAUGAGCCUGGGAUAAGUCAUAUUCUUCCCUUCCCAAGGUUUACUCACUAUGAAAUGAAUGCUUUACAAUUUAAAACAUUUUAUAUGUAUGCAUUAUUUCACUUUAAAAUAAUAGAAUAAUAAUAAUGUGUGCUUUGUUCUAAGUGCUUUACAUAAAUUUUAUUAAUUUUAUCCGUACACUAACCCAUUAGUUGGGUACUAUAAUUUAGUCCCAUUUUACAGAUAAGGAAACUGAGGCUCAAAGGGUUACUGGUGGUAGAGGCAGUACUCAACCUGGCUCUAAUGCCUUUAAGUCCCAUGCUCUUUCUGGGUCAGAAUGAGGGCCAGUGAGGCAGCUGAGGGAGUGAGACCUGGAAGAAACUGGCCAAGGGAGGGAAGGCUUAGGAAUGAGGAGCUGGACCUGCAUAUGAUUUAAGUGUGGUUAGGUCCUCUAGAACUCACUAGCACUUCUUUGAAAUCAUUUUUAAGUAGCCCCAGUCCUUGGAAUGGGGGCAAAAAGGUAUGAAAUAGGAUAUGUGUUUUAAGGGAGAAGGUAGGAAAUACGAGGAUGCUAAGUGCUGUGGCUGUGAUAUGGCCUGCUCUCUUAAUUUAUGUUUUCAGCCCAUAUUUACUGACCGCCUGUUAUGUACCAGGCAUUAUGGUAGGCACCGGGAAGUGGUGAUAAGCAGACAUGUUCCCUGCCUUCUUGGAGCUAUAUAGUCUAAUGGGGAACAUAUCUUUUUUUUUUUUAUUAUUUUUAUUUCAUGUGCCCCUCCCUCCCCUUUCUUGGGAUGAAUCAGGUCUGGUCACAAGUGAAUAGUGGGCAGGAGAGGAAACUAAUCUUAUUAAACUAGUCCUUGCUAUUUGACUAUAUAUGUCUAAGAUUGGAAAUGGUAAAUUGGAAAAGGAGAAAUAAAGUUGUUCCCUACUUUCCUAUCUUUUUGCCACUUCUCCAGCCCUUUCUCUUUCUUCCAGCCCAUGUGUGUGCCUAGCUGGUCUACCUACAGUUGGCGAGCCAUUUAUCUCUGCCUUGAGUCCACAGUCUUCAAGGUCUGAAGCAGAGCUGAGCGCCUUGGGAGCCAGUCCAGACCCCAUUAGCUUCCUCCUGUUUCCUGAGAGGAGGCUUGGUGUGGUGGCAGGAAGUCAGGGUGUCUGGGGCACGUGGAAUGGGCCUGAAGCUUGGCUCUGCCUCUGAUUCUCCACAUGCCCUUAGGCAAAUCGCCAGAUUUCUCGCUAUCUCCAUUUCUCUGUAGAUAAAAAUGGGAAUCCUAAUAAGCAGUAUCCUAAGCAUUUCACUUACAUGAUCUUAUGUCAUCAUUAUAACAGCCCCAAAAGGCUUGCCUGUUUAAUCACCAUUUUAAAGAUAAGGAAGCAUCUCUUAUCUGAAGAGGAGAUGAGAGGGUCAGAAGCUGGUGGAAUGGACACGAAGAGAGUGGAGGGAAGGAGUGGGCUGUCUGAUUAGGGAGAGAGCAACUAGGAGUAUAUAGCAAGGUGUGUAUAAAUUUUUGUAUGAGAGACUGAUUUGAUUUGUAUACUUUCACUUAAAACAUAAGAAAAAUUAAAAAAUGGUAUGGAAAGUAGGGGGGAGGGAUAUCCAGCCAGGAAAAAAAAAGAUAAGGAAUUUAAGGUUCAGAGAGGUUAAAUGAGUUGCCCAAGAUCACACAGCAAUCACUUGGGCAAGCUGGGAUUUGAAUCUAAGUUUUCCUCUGAAGCCUGUACAUUGAUAGCCAGUUAAGCCAAUCUCUCUUUGAUCCUCAACGUUUGCAUCUAUAAAAAUGAGGCUGAUGGCAUUAUUCUUAGUGUUUUGUACAGCAGCUCUGAGGUAAGUUCUCUUAUUAUGAUUUAUCUGUGAGAAACAGAGAGGUAAAGUAACUUGCCCACCCACUGCUGGUCAAGUUUCGGUAUUUGUUUUCUUAACCACCAAACUCUUUGAGGAGCCCUGGUGGCACAGUAGUCAAGAGCUACAGUGAGCUACAGCUGCUAGCCGAAAGGCCGUAGUUCAGAUCCACCAGCCACUCCUUGGAAACCCUAUGGGGCAGUUAGUUCUACUCUGUCCUAUAGUGUUGCUAUGUGUGGGAAUCAACUCCGUGGCAACAGGUUUUUUGGUUUGAAUUCUAUGACCUCAUGGCACUGUUGUCAGAACUGAAUAAUAAUAAAAGUAGUUAACAUUUAAGGAGCCUUGAUGGCACGGUGAUUAAGUGCCUAGCUGCUAACCAAAAAGUUGGCGGUUUGAACCCACCGGCUGCUCCACAGGAGAAAGAUGUGGCAGCCUGCUUCGGUAGAGAUUUACAACCUUGGAAACCCUAUAGGCAAUUCUACUCUGUCCUAUAGGGUCACUAUGAGUCAGAACUGACUCGACAGCAACGGGUAACAGAUCACAUUUUUUGCACCCUAUGCAAUUAACUGUAAUACUAUCCCUAUUUCCAAUAUGGGACAGUGGUGGUUCAGUGGUAGAAUUCUUGCCUUCCACGUGGGAGACCUGGGCUCUUUCCUGGCCGAUGCACCACAUGCAUAGCCACCUGUUAGUGGCGGCAUGUGUGUUGCUCUGGUGUUGUGUGUUGCUAUGAUGCUGAAUAGGCUUCAGCAGAGCUUUCAGACUAAGAAGGACUAGGAAGAAGGGCCUGGCGAGCUACUUCUGAAAAGUCAGCCAAUGAAAACCCACAGUGGUCCAAACCCAUUGUGCAUGGGGGUCUCCAUGUGAGUCGGGGCCAACUCAAUGUCAGCUAACAACAACAUUUCAAAUAUGAAAACUGAGGCAUAGAGAGGUUAGACCUUGUCCAAGGCUUCACGGCUAAUGGUGAAAUUGAGAGGUGAACCUGGAUUCUUUACUGCUACACUGAAUUGAAAUGAAAUCAUAUAUGUAAAUAAUUACAAUAGCUACCACUUUCUGGGUGUUACUACGUGCCAGGCUUUGAUCUAAGCUCUUUAUAUGCAUUCAUUCAUUCAUCCAAUCCUCACAAAAGCCCUACAGUAGAUACUAUUAUUAUUCCCAUUUUUAUGAGGAAAAUUCCCAUUUUUCAGAGGAAACAGAUGCAGAAGCUAAAUCAUUUGCCCAAAGUCCCACAGCUAAUAAAUAUCAAAGCUGAGAUUAUGAACACAGUCUCUCUCUAGAGUCUGUGCUCUAACCCGAAUACUACGUGUAAAGGGCCUGUGUCCCAAUAAACUAAAGAUUAUCCUUCAGCAGCUGGGAAGGGAAAUCUCUGUCCUGGGGCCAGAAGUGCAGAGGGGUGGCAAGACAUGGGGAAAAUCCACCAAGCAAUGGCAGUUCCAAAGAGGGGGCCUGACUGGAGCCUGGUGACUUUAGAGGGGUGAUGGGAGGGGAUGUGGUGUUCCUUCACACCAGGUAUUGUUGCUGCUGGACCAGGGUGGUAGUGAUAAGAAGUGGGGGACUCUGGGCCUAUUGGAAGGUAGAGCCAACAGGAUUUGCUGAAGGAGUAAAUGUGAGAUGUAGGAGAGAAGGCAAGCAUGAUGAUAAGGUUGUUGCCCUGAGCAACUGUGGAAGGGUGAAGCUGCCAUUUGCUGAGAUGGGGAAGGCACAUGCUGGUAGAGCAGGCUUGGGGUGGAAAUCAGGAGUUUGUUUUUGAAAAUGCUGAGUAUGAGGUAUGGGCAAUCGGUAGGCAAUUAGAUGUAUGAGUCUGAAGUUCUGGGUUAAGGUCCAAGUUCCAGGGUAGUCAUCAGACUGGUUGAGACCACUGAGAGCAGAAAUGUAGAGUGGAUUGGCCGCCCCAUUCAGCUCAGGCCCAGCUACCAGUCUAUACCAGUCUCCAGCUUCCUGACUUUGUGGCCAUUCUGAGUUGCAGUUCUAUAGCAGGUAAGUGGUAAGAGCUACAGAUGCUUAUAUCAACAAAUAACCUUCUUGGAAAAGUUAUAUCGAUGAACAUUUGAAGGGGUAACUUCCCAUACAAAUGUGACUUUCUUUCAAUUGAAUAUGAUAAAACUAAUUUCCGUUUGACUAGCCAUCCUUGGAGUCUGUGAAAUUCACACAGAGAAUCCUCCAUAACAAAAAGGUACCGUACUGAGAAGGCAUUUUACACCUUGCAAACCACAUUGAGUGCUAGGGGAAUAAUUAAAACCACAGAAAUAGGUCUAAGUUAAAAGUCUGCACCCCACGGAACAAGUUUCAUUCUCUUCUACGUAGGAUGAGGUUCUUCUUACAUACAAUUUCGGGUCUGGAACACACACCACCCUGGAAGCAAAACUGCAUUAGAUGCCCCUCCUGUAGAUCCUCUACCUCCCUGCAGUCAUCCACCAAGGCGCUGAGUCAUACUUUGUUGUAGUUCUCUUUUUACUUCCUUGACUCCCCGUAUUAGACUGUAGGCCUCUUGACGAGGGUGGGAAUGUAUUUUCUCUUCACUAUAUUCCCAUAGUGACUAUUAACAGUAACCAGUUGCCAUAGAGUCGAUUCUGACUUAUGAUGACCCCAUGUUAGAGUAGGACUGUGCUGCGUAGGGUUUUCAAUGACUGAUUUUUCAGAUGUAGAUUGCCAGACCUUUCUUCUGAGGCACUUCUGGGUGGACUCAAACCUCCAAUUUUUUGGUUAGCAGCCACGCACGUUACCCGUUUGUACCACCCAGGAACUCCAUCCCCCAUAGUAAGAACUGUGAAUAAACAAAGGAGUAGGCAUUUUAGGAUUUCUUCUAGCAGGAUCUCAGGGAUCUAGGGAGUUCCUAUUUGGAUGGAAUUUUUCAGUGUUCCUCCUGGGUGUCUUGGAAAGUUGCUUUUAAGCCCAAAGCAGCUCCCAGAGGAGAAUGAGAGGUAGAACUAGGUCCUCUAGCUCAGCCCCCUCCACCAAAAGUUCUGGAUGGUCCUGGGCCUCUCUGGCUUCUCAGAGUGUGGGCAGAUGCCUCAGCGCCCACAGUACAUUCUCCCUCUGAGGUUGUGUGGGUAUUUAGAUGGUGGCACAGAAAAGCAAGGAAUCAAUCAAUUGGCCAUCUGUUAGCUAACCAGGGUGCCUUGCCAGUCUUGAUUCAGAUGGUUUUCAAACUCUAUUCGCUGAAGAAAGAGGGCAAAGGAAAAGGCUCAGGGUGGGCUCUGACUCCUGUUCCAGUUUUAACCGUAGCAGCCUUGCUGUGAUCUGUUUGUACAUUGGAGUUCUACUGCUGGCAUGGGCCAGGAUCCCCUUCUCUUAAAACAGAUGGCUGGUUGUCUCUCCUCACCAACCAUAAGGCUGUGGACACUGCAUGGUAUCUUGGGCUCAAGGGAGACCACCCAGAUGUGCUAUUUAACCUAGACAUUGGGGAAAUGGUCAAAAAGCAAACGAAAGAUGGCUGUCUAGUCAACAAGACCAAGCUGCAGCCUGAGGCUUGAGAAAAUGUGGGAAGUUCUUGGCAAGGGGAUGGGAACAGAUCCAGGGGAAAGACUGCCCAGAUUCCAAGCAAGGGGAACACAUAGGACGUAGCUGAAAAUCAAAAUGCUGAGUGUCUGCUUCUUGUUGUUGUGUGCUGCUGUGUCGAUUCCCAUUCAUAGCAACCCUAUAGGACAGAGUAGAACUGCUUCCUAGGGUUUCCUACACUGUAAAUCUUUAUGGGAGCAGAUCGCCAGGUGUUUUGUCCCUCAGAGCAGCUGAAGGGUUCGAACCGUCAAUCUUUUGAUUAGCAGCUGAGUGUUUAACCAUUGUGCCACCAGGGGCCCUUGUCUGUUUAUGAGAGGUGUUUAUAUCACCUAUAUGUCUCUGAUACGAGCCUUCUAUAGGUAAGACUAAGAGAUAAGCGAGGUCUGGGUCUGGGCUGAGCAAGGCCUUUGCCUGUGUUCUACCUAGAGCCUGGUUGGUGGGUUAGGGUGGGCCUGAGUAUGGCCAGAGGCUCUGAUGCAGGACUGGUCUUGCCAUUGAUGCAAAGGUCUGGAUACUGAGGACCUGGGGGGAUAUCCAUCAACUCAUUGAAUUUCAAGGAUGGAAAGAAUUUCAGAAUCAUACAGGCCUUAUCUGCCAAUCCCCCUAAGAACACAACCACAAAGUGGACGCUUAUCUCUUCUUAGCCAUUUCCUGUGAGUGACCAUGGUUGGCAACAAGGAACCACAGGCCACAACAAGAGUAUGUGUAGGCUUUAAGUCCCCCUUGCCCCACAAGACUGGCUACUGCUGCCUUUAGGCCUUCUUUGGAGUUGGAAAAUUCUUCUCCUCAUGAAAUGUAUAGAUUGAAUUAUAAUGGACCCAAAUCCACCUCGUACAGCUUCCUUUCAGCUUUGUUUCUGUCUCUUAUUUGAAUUUGCUUCCAAAUGACUCGCGAAUUGGCUUCUACAUGUAACGACUUUCAUGGCUCAUCCCAGUUCCCACCCAGAAGUGGUGGUAAAUCGUCAAAUUGCAAAACUCAUAGAAGGCUCCCAUGUACAAAAUUUUUGGGGGAGAACUUCACCCAGGAAUGCAGCUAGAACCCCCCUGGGGUAGGCAAAUGCCCCCCUGGUCUUCCAGUGAAUUUUCCUGCCCUUCCUGUACCCGUUUUUCUACUUGAAAAGUGAAGGACUCAUUUCCUCUUCUUUCAAAUUGCUAGAUGUCUUAUAUUGCUUGCCUGCUGCCUCAGCCCCACUCUAGCAGAUCAGGGAGAAAGGAGAGGGAAGGAACCUCAUGAUUCUUUUUGCCUGGUUGACCAGGGGACAUUCUGCCAAGGGGUGAAGAUACUAAAACCUCAACAGUGACUCACGUAUAUACCCUGAAAACAGGUGUUCAAACAAAAACUUGUACAUGAACGUUCAUAGCAGCACAAUUCACAAUAGUCAAAAGGUGGAAGCAACCCAAAUGUCCAUCAGUUGAUGAGUGGAUAAACAAAACGUAUACUGACUGAUAUGAUGGAAUAGUAUUCAGCCAUAAAAAGGAAUGAAGUACUGCUACGUGCUACGACGUGGAUGAACCUUGAAAACAUUAUGCUAAGGGAAAGCCAGACACAAAAGGCCACAUAUUGUGUGAGUCUAUGUCUAUGAAAUGUCCAGAAUGGGGAAAUCUGCAGAGACAGAAAACAGGUUGGUGGCUGCCCAGGACUGAGGAUAAGAAAGAAUGGGAAGUAACUGCUUAAUUGGUGUGGGGUGAUGAUUGCACAACCUUGUGAAUUUCGUAAAUGUCACUGUAUUGAACACUUUUUAAAUGGCGAAUUUUAUGUUAUAUGACUGUAACCUCAUUUUAAAAAAGAAGAAAAAAAGAGUAGAGGAGGAGGAAGAGAAAGGUGAGGAGUUCAGAACAUCUCUUUGAGCUUAAUUUCCUCAUCAGUAACAUGGCGGUAAUAAAGCACUCCUCCCCCUCUCCACUCUCACACUGUGAUAGGGCUGGUUUUCCCCCACACACGCACUGUAUUAGGGCUGGUUUCCUCAACACACACGCACUGUAUUAGGGUUGGUUUCCUCUCCACACAUGCACUGUGUAAGGGUUUGUUUCCUGCCCCGCCCCUGCACUGUAUUAGGGUUGGUUUCCCCAUACACACACUGUAUUAGGGUGGUUCCCCACACACACUGUGUUAAGGUUGGAUUUUUCCCCCACAGAUACGCUGUAUUAGAGUUGGUUACCCCCGCCCCCAACACUGUAUUAGGAUUGGUUUCCCCCACACAUGCACUGUAUUAGGGUUGGUUUCCCCACACAAACACUGCAUUAGGGUUGGUUUCCCCACUCAAGCACUGUAUUCAUUUCCUAGGGCUGCUGUAACAAAGUACCACAAACUGGGUGGUUUAAAAAAACAAAAAUUUAUUCUCUCACAGACCGAAAAGCUUGAAAUUGAAAAUCAAGGUGUCAGCAGGGUCGUGCUCACUCUGAAGGCUCUAGGGGAUGACCCUUGCGUGUUUCUUCUAGCUCCUGGUAGUCCCAGGUAUUCCGUGGCUUGUGACAGCAUAAUUCCAGUCUGCCUCUGUCUUCACGUGGCUGUUUUCUUUCUGUCUGUCCCUGUGUCUCUUCUCUUAUUCUAAGGACACUAGUCAUAAAGAAGAAAACUCUGGUGGUAUAGUGGUUAAGUGCUAUGGCUGCUAACCAAAAGGUCGGCAGUUUGAAUCCACCAGAUGCUCUUUGGAAACUCUAUGGGGCGGUUCUACCCUGUCCUAUAGGGUCUCUAUGAGUCAGAACUGACUCGAUGUCAACGGGUUUUGUUUUGGUUUUAGUCAUAAAGAGAUUAGGGCCCACCUUAAUGACCUCAUCUUAACCUUACUAAUUACACCUGCAACAAUCCAAUUCCCAAAUAAGGUUACAUUCGGAGAUUCCAGGGGUUAGGACUUCAAAGUAUGUUUUUCGAGGAGACACUAUUCAACCCGUAACACACACAUAAAAAAUAUAUAUAUAUAUAUAAAUACAUGAAUGGUUAGCAGAUAGUUGUUGUUAGUCGCUGUCAAGUUGAUUCUGACUCAUGGCAACUCCAUGUGGGCACACCAGAACUGCUCAUAGGGUUUUCAAGGCCGUGACCUUUCAGAAACAGAUCGCCAGGCCUGUCUCCUGAGGCUUCGAACUGCCAACCUUUCAGCUAGUAGUCAUUUAAAAUAAAUGUUGGUUGCCUUCUUUCCUAUACAAGUGUCUAAACUUAUUUGCCCCCUUUAUUACUUAUGUCUUAUGACUCUGGUUGCAGCUCCAGCCAGACCACCUGUCCUCACUGCUUGUGACAGGAUGCUGAACCAUUUAGGAUGUUGAUCAGCAUUCUGUGUUACAGGCCACUGUAGUCCACUGCCACAGAAUCACCUGGGAGCUGAUUCUGUGGGACCCACUGCUGAGCCAGAACCUCUGGUAGUUGGGGAUGGCGGCAAUCUGAAGGUCUGCAUUUUUAGUAAGUGCUCCUCCAGGUGAUGCUCAUGCAUAUUUAAGUUUGAGACCACUGUUUUAAUUCAUUCCCAUCUUUACUAUCUCUUCCAGGAAGUCUGCCCAGACUUCUCUGAGAAGAACUCUGAUACCCAAAGUGCUCCGUAGCUGCAUCUGAUUUUCUGAGUGUCUGGGUCAGAUUCACCUUGGGUUCUGUGGGGUGUGCUCUCUCCCAUUGGACUGGGAGCCCCCAGGGACAGAUGCCUGGGCCUCUCUUUCUUCUCAUCACCCCAACCACAUAUGUUCCUUAUUCUUCCUGCCUGUAGACUCUCCCAGGAUGCUGUAAGAAGUGAGACAUUUUAGUUUUAAUUUCUUAGAAUCCGGUUUCCUUUACUUCUACAUAUACUUUUUGGAGAACCUAGCUUUUCCCUCCUUCUACAAUUGCUCUAUUUCUGACUUUUUUCGAUGGUCUGGGAAUUGUAUUACUUUGUCACAUUAGUCUUUGGUUUUCCCAUCCCAUCCCACUCCACAGGAUGCUGUAAGUGUGGGCCCGCCCCCACCCUACCCUGACGAGUGACCAUGGAUCCUGGAGCCGGGCCAGAUGCAUCUCUGACUGUAAAUGAACAGGUCAUCGUGAUGUCAGGCCACGAGACUAUCCGAGUGCUAGAAGUUGGAGUGGAUGCCCAGCUCCCUGCUGAGGAGGAGGGUAAAGGCCUGGAGGAUGUGGCCACUGAGGGCUUCCAGAGUGGAGGCCCUGCCAAAGCCAGUGAACCUACUGGUGAAGCUGGACCAGACAACCCAGACCUCUCUGCAGAGGCAACUGAGACUGUCAUCUCCAGGAAUUUUCCCUGCAGGAAUUCCUGUCCUUCCCCAAGCCAGUACCUACCUGUAUCCAAAAAGUACCCUGAAGUGAAGUCACUCCCAGGGAUCCCUCCAAGUCCUGCUCCUGCUGUUGCCACCUUCAGCCAAGCCCCAAGCCAGCCUCAGGCAUCACAGACCCUGACGCCGUUGGCUGUACAAGCUGCCCCCCAGGUCUUGACUCAGGAAAACUUAGCCACAGUUCUGACAGGAGUUAUGGUUCCAGCAGGGGCAGUUACUCAACCUCUUCUUAUCCCCAUCAGUAUUGCAGGUCAAGUGGCUGGUCAGCAGGGGCUGGCCGUCUGGACAAUUCCUACAGCAACUGUGGCUGCCCUCCCAGGACUGACCGCUGCUUCUCCUACAGGGGGAGUUUUCAAGCCACCUUUAGCCAGUCUCCAAGCUGCUGUGCUGAACACCGCUCUCCCGGCACCUGUACAAGCUGCCCCACCAGUACAGGCCUCCUCGCCGGCCCAGCCCCGGCCACCGGCCCAGCCCCAGCCACUGUUCCAGACCCAGCCACUGCUGCAGACUACGCCUGCCAUUCUGCCACAGCCCACUGCUGCCACCGCUGCUGCCCCCACCUCCAAGCCAGUGGACACCCCCCCACAGAUCACCGUCCAGCCUGCAGGCUUCGCGUUUAGCCCAGGAAUCAUCAGCGCUGCCUCCCUCGGGGGACAGACCCAGAUCCUGGGGUCCCUCACUACAACUCCAGUCAUUGCCAACACCAUUCCCAGCAUGCCGGGGAUUAGCAGCCAGAUCCUCACCAAUGCUCAGGGACAGGUUAUUGGAACACUUCCGUGGGUAGUGAACUCGGCUAGUGUGGCAGCCCCAGCACCAGCCCAAAGCCUGCAGGUCCAGGCCGUGACCCCCCAGCUAUUGUUGAACGCCCAGGGCCAGGUGAUUGCGACCCUGGCCAGCAGCCCCCUGCCUCCACCCUCAACGGUCCGGAAGCCAAGCACACCUGAGUCCCCUGCUAAGAGUGAGGUGCAGCCCAUCCAGCCCACGCCAGCGGUGCCCCAGCCCACAGUGGUCAUUGCCAGCCCAGCCCCAACGGCCAAGCCAUCUGUCUCUGCUCCCAUCCCAAUUACCUGCUCAGAGACCCCUACCGUCAGCCAGUUGGUGUCCAAGCCGCAUACCCCAAAUCUGGAUGAGGAUGGAAUCAACUUAGAAGAGAUUCGGGAGUUUGCCAAGAACUUUAAGAUCCGAAGGCUUUCCCUGGGCCUCACACAGACGCAGGUGGGUCAGGCUCUGACUGCAACGGAAGGCCCAGCCUACAGCCAGUCAGCCAUCUGCCGGUUUGAGAAGCUGGACAUCACGCCCAAGAGUGCUCAGAAGCUAAAGCCGGUGCUAGAGAAGUGGCUGAAUGAGGCUGAACUCCGGAACCAGGAAGGCCAGCAGAACCUGAUGGAGUUUGUGGGAGGUGAGCCUUCCAAGAAACGCAAACGCCGCACCUCCUUUACCCCCCAGGCCAUAGAGGCUCUCAAUGCCUACUUCGAGAAGAACCCACUGCCCACAGGCCAGGAGAUCACCGAGAUUGCUAAGGAGCUCAACUAUGACCGUGAGGUCGUCCGGGUCUGGUUCUGCAAUCGGCGCCAGACACUCAAGAACACCAGCAAGCUAAAUGUCUUUCAGAUCCCUUAGGGCUCAGCCCCCAGCCCUGUGUUACAGCACUUUGUACGUUUCCUGGGAGCCUAGCUGUGACAGCACCUAUCAUUUUGCCACAUGCAGCUGUGCUCGCCCUGAGCGUGAGACUCCACUGUGUGCAUGUGUGUCAGAUGCCUCCUCCUCUCCCCCACAUACCCUACACCAUGGGAAGGGCAGAGGGGACCUCCUGAGAACUCCAGGCUCUGGGCUGGCCACACCCAGGAAGGGAAUUGAUGGUGUCACUGGAGAAGCAGUUUGCUAAAUUGGUUUCUGAAAGGUGAAUUCUGGGUGGAACCAGAAACUUCCCUCUUUGGGGCAGGGCCAUAGCAGCUUCUAAGGCCCGCUGACCACUAGCUCUUGUUUUCAGUGGCAUUCUCUUCCCAGCCUUCUUCCUCUGCUCUUCUGUGUUAGUAUGGCAGGUAUAGGCAGCUCAUCCACCAGAACCACAACUUCAGACCCUCUCCUCCUUUGCUUGAGGGCAUACUGCCUCAGAGGUGUAGCAAGGGGAAUGAGCGCCCAGGGGCAAUCUCUAAACUGCACCCCCCUCCAAGUUUCAAGAUGAAUAGAUGUUGAUAGGGAACACAUCAGCAGAAACACCUUACCCUCUCUUGUCCAGCUGCCUCGGUCAGGCACCUUUCAUGUUUGUGGCACCUCAGAAUGUCAUUCCACAACUCGUCUGACUCCCCCUUCGACUUGUGCCCUGGGGAAAGUGCCCCCUUCUGCCCCCUCCCCACACCUCUGCACUGCCCCCCUGAAAGCACCCAAUGGACAAAAUUCAGAAAAGUGUCAUGUUGAAGGUCAGAUUCAGGGCCUGGCUUGACCUCACGGUCAAGGUUCCCACAGCCCUGGGACCAGAACAUUUGACCUCCUCGCCCACCUCUCCCUGACUCCUUUGAGGGAAAAUUGCACUAAGGCUGACUUUUUUUUUUUAAACCCACAUUGGGAGGAGGCAACAGUGAACUCUAGUUGUCCUGGAGUUGACCUUGCUCUGUUGUACACAGGUUGGGAAUUUAGUAAAUAAGGCCAUCUCCAGAUUUUCAUCUAAUCCUGUCCCUGGCCACUUCCCCAACAAAAAGUGCAGAUAAGAGAGCUCACAGCCUGGAAAAUCCCACUACCCAGGCAAGCAGGCAACUCUGGAGAAAAAUGAAGACAGGAAUGCUGGCUCUUUCUCAUCCCCACACCCACCCCCCAACCCAGUACUGGGACCUUCUCAGAGGAGCCAAUUAAACAGUAAACCAGACAGCAAGACCCUGGUAGAAAGGACAACAUCCAGAAAGAGCUAAUGGCAGCCCAGGAAGGUCUCUUGUGAAAGACGAGUUAACUCUAAUUUUCUUUGUAAUCUUAAGCCUUGGAUACUUGGAUAAGAAGAAAUCUUAUUUUGUUCAGAGUCUUAGACCAGGUUUGUGUAAAAAAUCUCCUCAAUGAUCCUCUAAAUCAAGAACAUUCCACUAUCAGGAAGAAUUUUGCCUCCACAGGCGGUAGCUAUGGUACUUUGGGAGAUGGCAUCUCAUCUGAGCUGCUAAGUGACACGUUCCCGAGCCUGACUGUGGCUGGGCAGUCCCUAGAACUCAACAUGUAACUCCAGGAGGUCAGGAGAGAACUAAGAGAUUUGUAGACUGUUGUGUAGACUGUCCCCAAGGGCCACAAGUCACAGGGGUCAUCUUCCUCCGUUCUUCACUAAUGUUUGUACCCUCCACUGCACCUCGUGUGAUACACCUGAGGGAGUGACCACCAGGCCAAGGGCACAUCAGCACCUCUAUGGGUCACAGGUCCUAGCCCAAGUUCCUCUGCAUGCUGUUUCCUUUCCUGCUUACCAGUGGUCCCUCCCUGGCCUUGCAAUGCCAGUGUGACCAUUCUCUUGAUAGCCCUGUCAGUGAGAGGAGGACAGUUGUGUGCCCAAUUACCCCCACCUUCGCCCUGCAGACAAAGCAAACCUGCUGGGGUUGGAUAGGCACCUUGCCUGACUCAGCCUCCUGGGAGAGACCAUGUCUCCAAGGGGGAGGCUCCACACUCUCGAGUUCAGGGUUAUCCACCGGGUCUCGAUGAGGUGAUGCUGGGAGCUCACUUGGGAGGGGUGUUGGAAACACCUUUUCAGUAGGAAUAGUUAAAGUACAGACGUUUGUAAAGGAAUCAGUGACUUACACUUUAAUAAAUUAGAGAGAUUCAGGUUUUCAAUCUUAAACAUUUGUAUUCAGAUAUGUUUUCUUUUUGGGGGAGAAACAAGUGGGUCACAGCUGGUGCCCUGGGAGUAGCAUGUAAACCAGGGUGUGUCCACGGCAGCAGUCAUGCAGGAGGACACCGUUUGUCCUGUGUGGUGGCGAGAUCCUGAGUUGCUGGUCUAAAUUAGGCUGGCCAGCCCCUCCCUCAUCUAAAUCUGUCUUCCUAAGGCUGGGCUAGAACUAAACUGUCUUCUUCUCUGCUAGAAAGUUGGGUCAGUCCUUCAGCUGGACAAUGUCAGGGGCAGAAUGUCUGCAAGCUGAAUUCCCCAAGCAGGGAAUGCAGAAGUAUGCCCAAAGCACGCACGCCAGCCUGUGGUCCGUGCUCUGCUCCCCACUGAAGGGCCACAGGGAAGCAGCUGGGGCCUGGGCUGCUCCCCUAGGAAACUGUUUUUUUGGUAGCAUCAGGCCUAAAGGGAGUUGGAAUAAAUUUUGUUGUGAAAGCACCUUUCUGGACUUAAGCCAGAGCUCAGUGGCUCCUUUGCCAUGGAAAGGCAGGAGAAAAGGCAGAAAUGGUUUAACUGUUUGUGUGUGUGGUUUUGUUUGUUUCUGUUUAAAAUGAAAAGACCAAAUCUUUCUGUGACUGGUGAACCAGCUGGGGCCUUUGGCUCUGCACUAACUAUGGCAUUUUAUCCGGGUGGGGUCCAGGGAAAGAAUUUGGCCAAGUGGACUGAGGAACAUACUUGAGUUUGCAAUGAGAGACCCUGACAUUUGUGUUCUCAGUAAUCCAGCCACCUUCUUAUACCCAGAAUUCCCUCCUGCCUCUUAGGCCAGGCUCUGACACAGAGGUUCCAACUCUGUCCCCCUGACAUGGGGCAGAGCCUGCUGAGAGCUCGAGGUGGGGGUGCUGGGAGGGUCCAGUGGGAGAGAAGCACUUGAUGUAGUUGUGUGGAAUAAACAGUAUUUUUUCUUUUGUACUGAUCUGCUUGUUUCUUGUUCCCCUCUCGGGAUGGGGACAUAAGGAAACCCAUGUCAGAGGCCAGGGAGUGGCAAGGAGCAGCUUUUGCUGUCAAAUAACUUACAGCUUAGAAAAUAUCAUUCCAAGAGGGCAAGAGUGCCCUGGGCUCCUGCUUCAGAAGGCCCUGCUUGAAGCCCUCCGCCAGUCUUUGCCCUCCCCAUGGAACACCAGAGAGUGUGUCCUUUCCCCAUGUCUCCAGAAUUCCUACUUUCAGGACCCACCUUCUCUGGGUCCACCCUCCCGAGGGCAGGCUGCUGUUGGUGUACACACUCUUAGGCCCAAGGGGUGGCCAAGGGGCAGCCGCUUGUCAGACAGUGGGUUGGAUGGAUCUUGGAUAUGCAGACUGGAGUGUCUACACAUGUACACGAGGUGCCUUGCAAUAUGAGAUGGGGCUGGGAGUGGGAAGAAAAGGCAGGAUGUAGGUUAGGAGCCAGGAAGGGGAUACAUUCUAACAGAACUUCAAGGAAACCUAGAAGUCUAAAUUCAAACCCCAUCUUCCAAGUCAAUAUGAAGGUAUACUCACAAAGGUGGGAGGGUAGAACAUUAACAGCUCGAUUUAUAUUUUUCAAAAUUUAGGGAUAUGGUAAGUGAACCUUCAUUUGUUAUCUUACCCCAGGCCUGCCAAUCUUAGGGGCAGGCCUGCUACCUGGGCUUAAGAGCUGGGAGAGCACAGCUGUAACAAGGGUCUCCCUCUUUGCUUAUCUACCUUAUAGGAGUGGGUUUAUGCCAUGUCUCUCCCCACACCCUCAAUGCACACACACACAACUACCUGGCAUUGAUGGUGUCUGGGCUACAUAAUCUAAAAUGAUGAGCACAAGGCAUCAACUUUGAUUCCAUCCAACCAGCUGAGGAAGACACUGUGCUAGGCUCUAGACCAUACUCCACCAUCCUACCUUCAUCCAGAGGGAUGAUGGAUUUCUAAGACUGAUGCAAGGCUCAGGGAUCAGAGUAGCUUUAUAAUAUCCCAAAAUAAUGGGACAAAAUCAAAUAGGCAGCACUUACCCUUGCAUGGAUCUCGCAACCCUGAUAUUAGCUAUUCACACUGGGCAGUCACUCCUCAGUAUUUAGGUCAGGGGCACACAGUAGGUGCUUGGGAAAUACUGUUCAAAUGACUGAAUGCAUUUCUUAUCUUCUCCUUUAAGGAAAUAGUGAGAGCUGAGCCCCUGACCUCAGGCAACUGAGAGAAAGCAGGUACAGGGGAUUCAGCUUAGCUAGGCAGGAUCUGGACUGUGAAAUGUGAGUGUGAAUGGAAUCUGGGCAGCAACUGGCCCCAACCAGUUGAUUCCAAGAGAGGCCAGUGCUCAGCAGCUCCCACCAGAAGAGUCAGUGGGAGCUGCUGUCUCUGGCUCAGACCAGCUGAAUGUGGUUCCUGGCAGCUGGCCCGGGAAGGCUUAAAAGGGAGAGGGGUGAGUAUGUGGAGGGACUGCAGUUUCUAUUCCCAGGCCUGGGAGGGCCAUUGUUCUGUGGACAGCUGUGAAGGGGAACUGACCUUUUACAGUCUGGAGAAGGUGUGGCUGGUUUCUGGACUAGAGAUGAGCGAGGAAGGGAACCUGAGGUUGCUUGGAACUGCAAGGGCUUGAAAACUUUUCCUGAUUUUAUUUACUUUCAGCUGUAGGGCCCCUCAGAGAAACAGGACUGGGCCUCACAGGUUCCCAGAAUGGGAUACAGAAAGGUAUGAAGAACUCCAGGUAGAUAGUCAGUCCCUCCAAAAAAGGCUGCCUGCCUGGUUAAUGGUUUCUUCCUGUAUCUGGAGGAAAACGCUCAGUGAUUGACCUGGGAAUAUAGCAACAUCAACUAAUUUGAGUAAUUGAGUGAGAAGAGAAGCUUGGGGCGUGGGGGUGGACCCAGGGAGCUCCAGCCCUCAAGCUUUUGAGAGAACCGCUUUGUUUCAAGAGGUAGGCAAGACAAGUGCUACUGUCGUUGUUAGCAGCCCUCAGGUCAGCUCCCUGCUCAUGGUGAGCCCGUGCACAACUGAAUGCAACACUAACCAGUCUUGUGCCAUUCCCGUGAUUGGUUCUGGAUCAGGCUAUUGUGAUCCAUGCGGUUAUCAGUGGCUGAUUUUUAGUAGUAGAUCACCAGGUCUUUCUUCUUAUUCUGACAUAGUCUAGAAGCUCCACUGAAACUUGUUCAGCAUCAUAGCAAGUCUCCACUAACAGACGGGUGGUGGCUGUACUUGAGGUACAUUGGUCAGGAAUCAAACCCACUUUUGUCAAUAAUGAUAAUAGUUAACCUUUACUGAUCACUAUGUGCUAGGCAUUCUUCUAAACACUUCAUGUGCAUUAUCUCAUUUAAGUCUCACAAUAGUUCUGUAAAGUAAGAACUGUUAUUAUACCCAUUUUACAGAUACGGGACAGAGGCACAAAGAAGAUGAUGAAUCUACUCAGGGUUGUUUUAUGAGCAGCAGAACCAGGAUUUGAACACAAAUGGGCUGUCUCUAAAACCUGUGUGCUUAACUCUGCCCCAUUCAGGCUCUGAAAGGUGGCCCUGCAGAACCUGGGAUUGUUGUCUGUCCCGAUCUUUUCAAUAGGGUUUCCACUCACUAGGGCAGGCCCUGCUGUGUCCCAUCUCAACAGUGUCCAGUUUCAGGAUCUAACCCAGGGAGAUGAGAUGAACCCUUCACAGUGAACUUUACCUCAUCUCACCUGAUCGUCCAGAAAUACUGAAUUUGGAGCUUGGUGCCAUAAGUGCUCUGGUUAAUUUGUUUUAUUAUGUUUUGACUAUGCAAAGGCAUUUGACUGUGUGGAUCAUAACAAAUUAUGGAUAACAUUGCAAAGAAUGGGAAUUCCAAAACAUUUAAUUGUGCUCAUAAGGAACCUGUACUUAAACCAAGAGGCAGUAGUUCGAGCAGAACAAGGGGAUACUGCGUGGUUUAAAGUCAGGAAAGGUGUGCGUCAGGGUUGCAUCCUUCCUCGAUACUCAUUCAGUCUGUAUGCUGAGGAAAUAAUCCAAGAAGCUGGAAGAAGAAUGGGGCAUCAGGAUGAGGAAGACUCAUUAACAACCUGUGAUAUGCAGAUGACACAACCUUCCUUGCUGAAAGUGAAGAAGACUUAAAGCAUUUACUGAUGAAGAUCAAAGACCAGAGCCAUCAGUAUGGAUUAUACCUCAACAUAAAGAAAAUAAAAAUCUUUACAAGUGGACCAAUAUGCAACAUCCUGGUAAGUGGAGAAAAGAUUGAAAUUGUCAAGGAUUCCAUCUCACUUGUGGAAGCAGCAGUCAAAAAAUCAAGCGACACAUUACAUUGGGUAAAUCUGCUGCAAAAUAUCUCUUUAAAGCUUUAAAAAGCAAAGAUGUCCCUUUAAGGACUAAGGUGUGCCUGACCCAAGCCAUGGUGUUUUCAGUCACCUCAUACACAUGUGAAAGCUGAACAAUGAAUAAGGAAGACCAAAGAAGAUUUGAUGUCUUUGAAUUAUGGUGUUGGCAAAGAAUAUUGAAUAUACCAUGGUCUGCAAGAAGAAUGAACAAGCCUAUCUUGGAAGAAGUACGACCAGAAUUCUCAUCAAAGUGAGGGUGGCAAGACUUCAUCUCAUGUACUUUGGACAUGUUACAAGGAGGGAUUAGUGCCCGGAGAAGGACAUCAUGCGUGGUAGAGUAGAGGGUCAGCAAAAAAGAGGAAGACCCUCAAUGAGAUGGAUUGACACAGUGGCUGCAACAAUGGGCUCAAGCAUAGCAAUGAUUGUGAGGAUGGUGUGGGACCGGGCAGUGUUUUGUUCUGUUGUACAUAGGGUCGCUAUGAGUCAGAACCAACUAGAUGAUACCUAACAACAACAACAAGGAGUCAAAGAAGCCCUGUGGUGCAACAGUUAAGUGCUUGGCUGCUCACCGAAAGGUCAUCGGUUUGAGCCCACCAGUGGCUCUGAGGGAGAAAAGACCUGGCAACCUGUUCCCGUAAAGAUUGCAGUGUAGGAAACCCUAUGGGGGCAGUUCUACUCUGUCCUGUACGGUUGCUAUGAGUCAAAAUCAACUCAAUUGCACACAACAACAAUAGGAGUCAUUAUUUUUAUUAUGGGAUGAAUCUAUGGAAAUGCACAAAAUUUUGGUCUAUUGAUAGGUAUUGCUGGGUUUGCUGGGGAGUACCUGAUGGCGCUGCUCCUGGAACCUCUGCUUCCUGUCCUAGCACUCCAGUUUCACUCCUAGUUACAUUAGGAAAGGGAAGGGAAGGGAGGGGUAAAGUUCAUUUCCUCCUCAUAAGUCUGUAAGGUCUUCUUCCCUCAGGUGGAACUGGGUUGAAGGACAUUGUCAUAGUUAGCUAGUGUGGCUAGAACAUAGAUACUGCAAAUAGGUGGCUUUGAAGAACAAAAAUUUAUUUUCUCACAGUUCCAGAGGCUAAAAGUCCAAAUCAGGGUCUAGGUAAUAUCUGUUUCCACCUUGUAGGUAGGAUUACGUCCACAGGAAUAAAGGUUAGAAUUCCAACACCUUAUUUGGAGUGGGACAUAAUUCAGUCUAUAAGAGGCAUAAAUAUGAUGGAAGCUCACCUGCAUUGCCUUUGGGAGGGGCCAAGACUUGGACAUCUCCUUUCGUUUCACCUCAGUUUGUUUCAGAAUUAAUAAAUGGUAAGGAGGAUUUUUCUGAAAUCUUCAGUUCAUAAAAUUAGGCUCACACAAUUUUCAAAAAGCACUUGUCUGUCUUUUUCUGAAUAUUGUCCAGAGGACGGGCUCCAUGAUAUUCCUAGGGAAGUGGCAAACAUCUGAUGUGCAUACUCCCUGUUUUAUUUUAAAUUCAUUCCCUUUGAGCUAUCCUUCUGUGGAUGAGAAAACCUGCAUUGUCCAAUAUUCCUUCAUGAGCACUGUUCAUUUUCUAAAAAUUCAGAAUUAUCGCCUUCACCAGUUUUAAAACCCAUUCCUGAAAGGAAGAAAUAGGUGGGAAGCAGAUCCCUUUUAGGCUAUAACCUUCCACAGAGGCAGUUAGCAUGAGGGUUAGUCACCCAGACUGUGGGGUCAGAAGUCAGGCUUCACCAUUCUCAAACUUAAUGACCCUGGACAAUCUAAUUACUUUUUCUAAGCCUCAGUUUCCUUAUCUAUGAAAUGGAUUUAAGAAUCUAAUCUCUUAUAGGGGUAAUGUGAGAAUUAAAUGAGAUAAUGUACUAAAGCACCUAGCUGGGGCCUGACACUUAGGAAGGACUCAGUAAAUAUGAGCCAGCCUAUCAUUAUUACCUAUAUUUGCUCUGUUAUCUGUACAGUUUCCAGGACUAUGCCAUGAGCUGGGAGGCAUCAUGGAAGGCAAAGCUGAGUUAAGAUAAUCGGGGGACCUGGACUGUGGCUCCUGGCUCAGCUACUAAUUUGUGUAAUAUUUGUUCCUUAUUUAAGAAUAUACUUUUUGUAAGUUAGGAAGCAUAACGAUGAAAAAAAAAAUCACCCAUGAACAAAGCUAUUAUCUUUGUUGAAGCUGCUCCGAGUUCCUCCCCUGCCCAUUCCCUGGCCUUUCCUUAGAUGUGACUACCACUUGGAAUUAUGCUUAUCAUUUCACUCUUUUUGAAAGGAAUGUAUGUACAUUUCCCUAAGUGAUAUAGUGCUUAAUUUUGCUGAGUUUUGAGCUUUAUAAAACGAUAUCACAGUGUAUGAGGACUUCUACAUUUCCACCCUUAAUUCUAGGAUUGAUUUAUUUAUGUGGUUGAGGGUAGACUUAGUUUAUUCAUUUUCACUGACAAAAUUGAGUUCAGUAUUCAACUGAAAUUCAAUAUUCUACUCCAUUCCAAUUUAUCCAUUCUCAUGUUGGUGGGCAUUUGUUUUGUUUUGCUACUACAAGUAGUGUUGCCAUGAAUAUUCUCACACAAGUCUUUUGGUGUGAAUGUGAAAGAAUUUUGAUAGGGAAGUGGAGUAGAGUUGCUGAGUUAUAAUUUCAGGACAUUUUCUAAAGCGGUUGUAACCCUCUUGAUUUUAACCACUCUUGUCCUGAGUCUCUUUCCUCAUAUUAAAAACAUAACAAACAAAAUAAAAACUUCUAUGAGGAUUAAAUGAGGCAAUAUAUAUUGUUGUUGUUAGUUGCUGUCCAGUUGGCUCCAACCCACAGCAACUCCGUAUGUGCAGAGUAGAACUGCACUCCAUAGGUCUUUCAGGGCUGUGACCUUUCAGAAGCAGAUCACAAGGCCUGUCUUCCUAGGUGUCUCUGGGUGGGUUCAAAGCACCAACCUUUUAGCCAGUAGUUGAGACUUAACUAUCUGAACCACCUGGCUGCUGUGUAAUAUGUAGUAGAGUGCUAUUAAAACUAUUAUAUCAUAGUAAUAUAAUGUUAUUAAAAUAGCAUUAACAAUACAUAACAAUAGAGUCCCAAUCUGAACAGGGAAGUGGAAGUGGGCGAGUGGGAAAAUGGAGUUAAUAUUUAUAAUUACUACACAUAUGGCAUUUUGGCACCUUGUUUAAGCCUCACAACAAUUUCAGGAGGAGGUCCCCGGGUGGUGUAAAUGGUUUGCUAUCAGCUGCUAAUGUAAAAAUUGGCAGUUCUAAUCCAUUCAGUGGUGCUGUGGAAGAAAGGCCUGGCGAUCUGCUUCUGUAAAAAUUACAGAAAAUUCUAUGGAGCAGUUCUGCUCUGUAACACACGGGGUUGCUACCAGUUGGAAUUGACUCCAUGGUAACAGAUUUGUUUUUGUUUGUUUAUUAUUUUUACUAGUGG